AUGUCUGAGCUGCCGCCACUGAUACAUCUGCGACAGGGGUUGUGGAGGCCCAGCCAGGGCAGCUUGAGCGGUGAAAUUGCAGGGAUGGAGAGCUUCAGGGCCGGACCUGGUGUCUCGUGGUUGUCGGCCGCCCCCAAGGAGCCGUCAAGGACUGGCCAGACUUCGCGCAGCACAGGCACUCAGACGCCCAUCGGCCUCCACCCCGUCGGGGGGCUCGGGCGCGGCCCUGCAAUCGAAUUGCUCGACACCGGGACCCUUUCUGCUGGAACAGACCCCUGUCGCAUGGUGUUUUGCAUCAUGUUUGCUGCUCUGCACUCUUGGCCAUCUGAGCAUCGUGGCUGCAUCAGCCGGAGCGCUGAGUGGACCAGGCUGGCCAGGCUAGCAGACUCUCAGGCUCCUCAGGCGCUCCAGUCACUCCAGUCUGGUCACUCCAGGUCGGGCGAUCAGUUGAUGUCAGCGCUGCCACUUGCCGUCACAAACACUGAAAGUGACAUGGACAUGGACAAAGAGGGCAACGCUGGCGACAGAAGACUGGAGCCCCCCCGGUCGCCCGUCGCCCACCCCCGUUUUCCCGCCUCCAGCAGCACCGUCCUUUCAAAUAUUAUUCAGCUAGAGCCCCCCUCCCACUCGCCCUCAUCUAGACUAGACUGCCCAGGUCAACCACUUCGUCCUCGAGUGCUGACGACCGCCUCCUGA